AUGCCCCUCAAGCUGGUCCAUCUCGAGUCCGAUGGCGAGUUCGACGCCCUCGUCCGGUGCGAGUUCACCGCCUACGAGACGCCGCCGUGCAAGCUGAAGGAGCUCUUCUUCCCCCCGCAGGGCAGCCAGGAGGCGACCAUCCAGUCCGCGAUACAGCGCCAGACGGCUUGGCACCGCGGCGACCCGACGUCGCGCUGGAUCAAGGUCGUCGACACAGACGACAACGACCGGCUCGUGGGCGCCGCGUGCUGGCACAUCUACGACACUGACCCUUACGCCGUCGAGUCGGACGAGGAAUGCGACUGGUUCCCCGAGGGCGAGGAGCGUGAUAUCGGGAACGCGCUGAUGGGGCAGUUCGUCACGCCCCGCAUGACAUACAUGCGCAAGCCACACGUCUUCCUCGACAUCUGCUUCACGCACCCUGAUGCGCGGCGGAGGGGGGUGGGCAAGCUCUUGAUGGACUGGGGUGUCCAGCAGGCGGACGAGCGCGGCUAUGAGAUCUUCAUCGACGCCACGGACAUUGGUCGGAGCCUCUACCGCGCGUACGGCUUCGUCGAGGGCGAAAAGUGCCAGUUUGACAUGUCGCAGUUCAAGGACACGCGACGGAAGAAGGAGUUGGAGGAGCUGAUGAUCCCGUUCGAGUGGUGGCCUAUGAUUCGUCCGGUGCGAGGCAAGUAUGAGCCUGGAAAGGGGAUGAUCCCGUGGGAGAAGCAGUGA